AUGGCGCUCAAGGUGGGAUUGUGUCUUCUGUCUGUAUUCUUCGUUCCGGUGUUGUGUGAUGAAAGCUGUUUUCAACGUAGUGAAACGUUCCUGUCCAAACUUGGCAUGGAGAUCGCAGUUAUGGAGAAAGGGAUUGUAGAACUUUCUACCUUCACAAAAGAUGUUGUGUGGACUACGAUGCAAAUGGAGAUGCGACUCCGCCAGUUAAAAAUGGAGAUGGAUGCGUUUCGGCAGUCUUCAAUGUCAGCAAUAAUAUCCGAAAACGUACCAGAUCGAAUGGCAGCUCACACAACAGCUUCAGCUUCUUCAAUGUCACAAGCCUCCGCUGGAGAGGGUUCAUCUACCGAGUUAUCUUCUAACGCUUCUAUGGCAUCGAGCGCAUGCAGUCUGCAGCAAUUGCUUCUGGAUCAGUUUAAGGGGAAUGUGUUGAUAGAGAUCAAAUCCACUCCUGUUGCCUCUGGACCCGUGGAAGAGCCGAUGCCGAUCGUUUUCGAAAAGAAUGCCAUUUUAGGUGUAAUAGACUCAUGCUAUGAGGCAUCAAAAAGCGGCCUAUAUAAGAUUCGGAUGCCUGGAAACGGAUCGAUGGAUGUAUUGUGCGAUGCAGAGUUCGAUAAGGGCGGUUGGGUUGUGAUACAGCAUCGUUUCAAUGGGUCAGAAGAGUUCUAUCGCAACUGGACCGAUUAUGAGUACGGCUUUGGCAACCUAAAUGGCGAGUUUUGGUUGGGAAAUGAGAAAAUUUAUAGACUAACUUCUGAAAAGCCUCGUGAAAUAGCUUUCGUUAUGGAGGAUUUUGAUGGCAACGUAGGCAUCGCACGUUAUGACUCGUUUAAGCUAGGCGACGAUACCGAAAAGUACACCCUGAAAAGUCUGGGCACAUUUAGUGGAAGUGCGGGAGACUCGUUGUCGCGUAAUGUAGGAUCCAUGUUUAGUACGUACGAUAUGGAUAACGACAAGUACUCAAGUAGCUGUGCAGAGGUGUACCGCGGCGGAUGGUGGUAUGACGCUUGCCAUCUUUCGAAUCUGAAUGGCAAGUAUAUGAAGGGUGCCACAACUGUUUAUGCCGUAUCUAUGUGCUGGAAUUCGUUCAAAGGAUUUUAUUAUUCACUUAAAACAUCACGCAUUAUGGUACGCUUCUAA